UAUCUACAUAUAUUUUAUAUAACAAUUCAUAUCAGAUAAAUAAUACCUAAAAACACUUUUGACUAAUAAAAUGAUAAAAGCAUAUGAUUUCUUUAAUGAGCGUUACGUUCGCUGCAUUUGUGGAGAUGUCUUGGACAGCAGAGCGAAUAUAUUAAAUUUGUCUAAGCACUCCCUGAAAGAAGUACCAGAGAUGAUUCGAGAAUAUAGUUUCUUAGUAAAACUAUAUUUGCACGUAAAUGAAAUAAGUACUCUACCAUCAAUUUCCAAUCUAACAAAUUUGAAAAUCUUAACAUUGGAUUUUAAUCAACUUCAAGAAUUUCCAGUUGCUGUUUGUAGUUUAGAAAAUCUACGUUUUCUUAAUAUUAGUCACAAUAACAUAGAAGAGAUACCAAAAGAAAUCGGAGAAUUGAAAUUCUUGGAAGUUUUGUGGUGUAAUCAUACAGGUCUCAUGAGCAUAGCAGAAGAAAUUGGUAGUUGUAUAACACUGGACACACUGGGAGCACGAGGAAAUAAAUUAGAAACUCUUCCUGAAUCAAUAUGUUUAUUAGAAAACCUACGCUGGAUAUCGUUUGAGUCAAAUCAAAUAAAAAACUUACCAAAUCAAUUUGGUGCUCUAACUCAGCUAGAUCAUCUGAAUUUAAAAGAUAAUCAACUACAAAGUAUUCCAAAAUGUGUUCCGUACAUGAGAAGCUUACAGUGCAUUUCUUUGAAUAAUAAUAGAAUACACGAACUUCCCUCUGAUACUGAUUUACAACUCAUGUCAGAUAUAAAAGUCAUCAAUAUAAGUAAUAAUCCGGUUUGUGAGCUAGUUCCAGACAAUUUCUUUGAACUUCACAGUCAUAUUGUAAGCUCAGAAAAAGCCACACGAAACAAUAGGCCGACAUCUUCAGCUGAAGAAAAUGAUCUGGAAAGUCAAAGAGAUAACAAUAGUGAUUUUGAAAAUAGUGUUCGAUCUAGUGAAAUAAACUCAGAGGAAGGGAAGUUGCGAAUGUCCAAUUUCAUUUUUUAUCGUUUCCGUAAUUUUUUUAGAAGUAUCAAAAAUGUGUUAACAAGUUUCGUCCAUCGUUUUCAUAAUCGUUCUUCUUCUUGAUAUAAUGUGAAAGUCAUUAUGUGAUUAUAUUUUUCUAUGGAAUUUUUUAUAUAUAAAUGUAAUUGGAUAUUAUGAUUUUUGAACUAAAUUUUGUCAAUAGUUCUGAAAUAGUACUAGAGAAGUUUUCGAGCAUUAAAUCAGAAGGUCAGAAUUUUAGUACCAACCCAUUGCACUUUAAAUAAAACGUGAGCGACUUUCGAUUCAUGGAAUGAUUUGAACUAAUAUAAUAUAAUUUGAUUAAUUUAUAAUAAUGCAUUUAGUUCACAAUAGACUUUCCGAAAUUUCACAACAGUAUGAGGGUAGAUAUUUUAAUAAUAUUGUAUACCACUUAUUAAGUUUGUAGCUUAAGUAAUGUAAUUUUCAAAAUUAUCUACCAACAUAUGUUGGAUGAUAUAUAUUUGUGUUAUAUAUUAUCUCUACAUCUACAUCUACACAUCUGUGAUGGAACUCCAAAAAAGUAUGGGGAACAUUUGAUUAUUUUGCUCUCUGAGAAAUAAAUAU